CUUCUAACCAUGUUCUGUUUGGCGGUCUUAACAAUAAAUUUGCAAUGCAAUUGGAACAGGAGAAGUAUACCAGACUCACCUGUUGUAAAGCAAAACUGUUCUGUCAAAACAAUCACACAGUUCACUCAUACUGCAUAAUCAUGGGAGCGGUUAAAAAAAACAAGAACAGGAAACACAUCAAGUCGUGAGAAUAUGAUGCAUCCUGUGGUAGGUUUUCUUUCAGGACUGGAGUGUGAAAGUGGAACAACAUCAGAGCCAUAAAAACAAUGGGCACAGCAAUGAAUGACUCUUCAUAUGACUAUGACUAUGACAAUGAAAUAUGUGAAAAAGGCGAUGUGGUCAAAUUCGGGUCCAUCGUCGUUCCUGUUUUUUUCUUUGUCGUGGUCACGCUGAGUCUCGUGGGCAACAUCCUCGUCCUAGUGAUCUUGGCCUUGUAUGAGAACCUCAAGUCCCUCAGCAACAUUUUCAUCUUCAAUCUGGCCCUGUCCGACCUGGUCUUCACCAGCGGCCUCCCCUUCUGGGCCGUGUAUGACAUCUGGGGAUGGCUGAUUCAUGAGAUCUUCUGCAAAGUGAUCACGUUUGUUUUCUUCAUUGGCUUCUACAGUAGCGUUCUUUUCCUGACCGCCAUGACCAUCUACAGGUAUCUGACGGUGGUCCGACCGCUGUCUGACCUGAGACCACAGAACACAAGCGCAGGGGUCUUCAUAUCCAUUGUCUUGUGGAUAAUCAGCGUCGGAGCUGCUGUGCCCUCACUGCUCUUCAGCACAGUCAUCUCCAUCCCCCAGGAGGACCAUCACUCCCUGGGAUGUGAAUAUGCGGAUGUCCUGUGGGAGAAGGUUGCUGUUUGCCAACAGAACAUCUUCUUCUUGGUGGCGUUAGUGGUCAUGGCAUUCUGCUAUUGUAAAAUACUCUGGAGAAUGACAAGAAGCAGAUCCCACAUAAAGAGCCGAGCGGUUAAAUUAGUUUUCUGUAUUGUGGCCGUGUUCUUCCUGGGCUGGGUUCCGUACAACGUGGUGAUCUUUCUCCGCCUUUUGAGCGAUAAUUUGGUUCCGCCGUUUGAAGAGUGCAACAUAAGUAUACGCCUUGAUUACGCCUUUUACGUGUGCCGGCUCCUGGCAUUCUCCCACUGCUGCCUCAACCCUGUCUUUUACGCACUGGUGGGUGUCAAAUUCUGGGGUCAUCUGAAGACCAUGUUCAGACGACCGAGUCCAGGCGAGACGACACAACAGGGAAGGAAACAAAACUUCAUCUCACAGGGGUCAAUGUAUUAGAUGCUGUUUACAUUGAUCCAUUUGUUGUAUGUUUUCACGCAGUAAUACGAAUGCCUGUGCCACACUUUUGCUUCUUUAGCAUUACAACUGUUACAUGACUUACAUAGUAUACAGUAUGUACUAAGCCAAUAUAAAUUAUUGCACAAAAGUGAGUACCCCUCACAUUUCAGCAAGUGUUUUUUUUUUAUAUUGUCUUGAGACAGAAAUUGAUAUACUUUUCUAGAGCUUCUAGAGCAGAAUAGAUUAACUACCCACUGAAAACGAGUCGAAACACAGCCAUUAUUGUCUAAGUAAAGUCGUACCUGGGCUUUUUGUUUAUUUGUACCAAAAGUUCAGACAAAAAACGAAACGUACAAAAAAUGAAGUAACUAGACACUCAGUUUUACAUACUGAAAAUGUGAAAUAAUUAAAAAUGACAAAUGGAUGGAACGUACAGUAUUGUUGUGGACUUCUCAUACAUCCUGACUGUUUCUCACCGCCUUAAAUGGCUGACACUUAUUUAGCAGUCACACGCACUAAAAAAAUGCACAAUGAGUCAGCAACACGUAGGGUGCUUUGUUUGGGCACUCGAUUUUGUGGAACGACACAGUACAGGUCAAAUGGACUACAGUAGUUUGUUUCAUGCAAUAUUGUACAAAAGCCAAGACGAUGUACAAUACUGAUGCUAAAUUUUGGUGAAAACAAUUUCAACAAAUACUGAAUCAUACAAAAUGGUCUGGGGCUGCAUGAGUGCUGCCGACACUUGGGAGCCGCGGUUCAGUGGGGCGAAACAUGAAUUCCAACAUGCACUGUGCCAUUGUGAAGCAGCGCAUGAUUCGCUCCCUUGGACCGCAUGGCAGUUUUCCAACAUGAUAAGGAGCCCAAACACACCUCUAAGAGGACAAGUGCCUUGCUGAGGAAGCUGGAGGUGAUGGAGUGGUCAAGUAUGUCUCCUCCAGUUCCACCAAUGAGGUCACCAUGGAGGAGUGGAGGAGGAUUCCAUUAACAACCUGUGCAGCUCUGGUAAAUUCCAACCCCAAGAAAUGGGAAGUGUACUCACUUAUGUUCUGCUGUCUAGCUCUUUAGACAAUGGCUGUGUUGACUCACAUUUUAGUGGAAAGUAAAUCCAUACUGUUAUAAAAGCUGUCCAUGUUUGUUAUGGCACCAUGCAUUUACUGUCAUUAUUAAAUUUGCUUGCAUUGUAAAUCAAUUGCCAAAGUACAGUGAUUAAGAUUAAGAGUAUGUGAUUAAGAUUUUAACUAACUGUAAUUUUGGGAUCAAGUGUGCUGUAUUCAUGUUUAACAUACGAUAUGUUGGGAUAACUAUGUCAUGUAUUUUUUUGCAUUAUUAAAAUAGUUCCACUGACAUUAAGAAAAAAAAGAGAACCUUUUAUAUUGUUUGCAAUAGGGGGAUAUUAAAUAGUUCCAUCUUCCAUGAUAACUACAGUCACAUGAAGAACUAGUCAGACCGGCUCAUCUUUGUGUCAGCACAGGGGGGUGAUAGGUUGUUUUGGUAAUACUUUACAGCAUUGUUUCAGAGCAUACAAGGGAAGCUGACUAAAAAGUUUCCAUGUUGAUAAAGAGUUAAGUGCAUAGUGAAGUCACACUUGCCUUCUGGGGGGAAGGUCAAUCAUCAGUAGUCAAUGAUGCAGACAUCUUACAAUGUCCGUGUCUAGUUAUCAGUCCAAAGCCAUAUACAGUGGGAAUAUAGCACGAAAGUCCUGGUUGAGAUGUCUCAACAACAUACUGCAUAAAUUAGUUAAUAAUAAACAAAACAAUAUACAAACUAUUACAAAUCAAAACGAUCUCUGAAUGUGCGGCAGGAUGUCAAAUGUCUACCGACUACAGUAGGGCGGAUGAUGAAUCGAAACUAUCAAAAUAAUCUUUAUUCAACAUAUCCACACUCACAAGUCAAAAUUUAAUGAGCACAAACCACAGUUAUAAAAUAUUGUUUUGAAAUAAAGACUUAUUUUUUUGUCUCCAGUCUCAGAGGCACAUUUUGUUACUUCUGGAGAAAUAAAAGUUUUACAAAUGUGUACCAUCAAGAACCUGUAAAGAGCGUGUUUUUUCCCCUAGACCAUUGACGCAAAUAUUGACACAAAUAUAUAAAAAAAUCAUCUGGGGAACAAGAUAUUACAAGAAUAAACAUUGUAACAAUAUAAAAUGUUUUAUCAAUAAAAGUCAAUCAUCUGAUAAGUUGCUUGAUUAAAGGUCAAUUGUUUCAGUGCAAAGUGCGCACACGACAUUAGAAAAAAAAAACCUGUCAUGUGAGGGGUUGCACGCAUACAGUAAACAAAAUGUUGACCAAAAUAAGCAAGCAGAAAUGCAUUGUUUGUAUGGGUUAUUGUUUGUAUGGGUUCAUGCACUUCCUUUUCCUGUGCUAUUAUGGAG